GCUCUGUUCGGUACUUACGCUUUCGCGACUAUUCGCGACGCUGUGUGUCCCUUUCAAGUCCGUGAGUGCGCAGUUUGUGGCCACUGACUGACAAAGAACAGUGGCACGGGCGGCGGAAUUCGGAAGCUGUGACGGAAAGCCCUUCUAAUGUGCCAAAAGAGAAAGCUCCCAGAACGGGUUUUAGCGAAGAAAAAUCCAUUAAGCAAAUGAAUGCACCGUCGCGAGAGAGCGAGCGAGAAACACGAGUGUGACAGUGACAGGCGCUGCCUGCUGUGGUGUGUGACAUUGAACGCAGUUGCUUAGUUUUUCGUUGUUUAUUUUUGGCCCCAUCGCACAAACACAUCGUUCGUCAGUUUCGGUUUCUAGGGCAUCCGAAAUAGCUUCAAAUUCGACCACCCUUUAAGCAAAAAACACACGUUCGGGGGUGCGUAACGAUCGUGGUCCUUUAAAUCCUCGUGAUCAAUGAUUGUUGGUCGUGCUACGAAGUGAGUGAGUGAGCGAGUGCGCCGUGUUCAAAAUUCAUCGUAAAAAAUCGACGCGAGUUGGCGACACUACCAAAUCCCUAUUGUGUCUGGCGUAUCGAGCGAGGACAAUUCCUGUAGACAAUCGGCAGAAAGCAGGAGGGGGACGUGCAAAAACUGGAAACACAUCGGCAAAACGGCAAGCAUUCGAAUGUAGUUCCCGUCCAACGGCCAUCCAGAGGUGCCACAAAGUAAAUCAUCCCGCAAACCAAUUCGCGUUGGGCGAACGCUUUGCCUCAAAAUGCCGACCUUGCUCGAGGCACUGGAAGAAAAGUAUGGCCUGGAGGCGGACGAAAAGGAGGCGCACGCGGAAGAGGAGGUACUGGUGUCCAUCUUUGUUCCGAAGCUGCCACCGAGACAAAGCACACCACAGCUGCUUAUACUGAACGAUUGCAACAUUGACCGGGCCGGCGAGCCGGAGGACCUGAAGAAGAAGUGUCGCAUCGUGAGGGAGCUCGAUCUGGCGCAGAACAAGCUGAACAAUUGGAACGAGGUGUUUGUCAUUCUUUCGCACAUGCCACGGGUGGAGUUUGUCAAUCUCAGCCUUAACCAUCUGACCGGCCCCAUCGAGACACCGGCGGUCACGAAGAUGGACCACCUGCGCAACUUGGUGCUGAAUAACACCAAGCUGGAGUGGUGCAGCGUCGAAACGCUGCUCCGAUUGCUGCCCGCCCUCGAGGAGCUCCAUCUUAGCCUUAACGAGUAUACGCACGUGCUGAUCGACACCGCCACCGGCGAGGAUACGGCUUCAGUUGCAGCUUCUAGUCAAAAGCAGCGAGAAGAGGAUACGGCGGGCGCCACUGCUGCUGCCCCCGAAGGGUCAACUGCCACCGAAGCAUCGGCGCCCUUCCGAACCAAUCCGCAUGCCGGCGUCCGGAAGGUUCACCUCACUGGCAACUACAUUGCCGAGUGGAACGAAGUUUGCCGCAUCGGACGCGUCUUCCCGCAGCUAGAGGCCCUCGUGCUGGCGGACUGUCCCCUGAGAUCACUGAAACCCACGGAUGCUGAAGGCAACGAAAAACCGGAAGACAGUCAUAAAUACUUCCAGAACUUAAAGCUGCUCAACCUAAGCAACGCCAAAAUCGACUCGUGGGACGAUAUCGACCGGUUGGCCAACUUCCCUGCCCUGUGCAACGUGCGGCUUCAGUACUGGCCACUGUGGGCUCGAACCGAUUCGACGACGGAACACGAAAGGCGCCAGCUGCUGAUAGCGCGCCUUCCGAACAUCAGUAUUCUGAACGGGGGAGAUACGAUCGGUGCCGUGGAACGGGAGGACGCCGAGCGAACGUUCAUACGGAACUACUUGGACACUGCCGACGCGGAGCGGCCCGCCCGGUACUACGAGCUGGUCGGGGUGCAUGGCAAGCUGGACCCGCUCGUCAACAUCGAUCUGCGGCCGGAGCGCAAGGUGAAGGUACGGUUUACCUUCGAGGACAAGACCAUCGAGCGGACGGUCGAUGUUAACAGAACGGUAAGCGAUCUAAAAUCACGCCUGGAGCGCCUGUUUGAGGUGCCCGCCGCCCGGAUGCGGCUCUACUACGUCGAUCAGGACUUUCGCGAUCUGCAGGGCCUCGAGGAGAUGAAGUAUCCGACGAAGGUGCUCUACAGCUACAACAUCCGCUCCGGGGAUGAGAUCAUCAUCGAGCGGAAGGUGAAAAGUUGAAAGAAGGUGGCAACUCGGUUCUUGGUAGCAGCAGAUAUUGUGAUAGGAAGUGCAUCACACAAACGAUACUUGUAACCACCAGCCUUUUUACAAAUAGCUCCCCUCUCUGAUCCGAUCAUCAUCCGGCCCCGACCAAAACAAAUGGGUUGUUUUGUAGUUUUGUUUUACUUAAGUUAAGUGGUCACAUUCAACAUCUCUUGACGCGGGGCAGCAAAAGCAGCAGCAGUGUGUUUUAUGAUCCAGUUUUGUUUUUAUUCGUGUUAUUGGCGUGAUUUCUGACCGGCAGCGAGACGGAGGGAAUCAGAACAAUCUAUAUAGGACGGUCUAAUAAACUAACGAAUUACUUUACAAAAUAAUCCGCCACCCGCUUUUGUGUGCUAAGAACGCUAACGGCAUGGGGGGAUUGGCUGCUUGGGUCCGUCUGUGUGGUAAGUAAAAUGCGGCAAAGUUGCUGUCUGUUAGCUUGAACGCCCCUAGAGGCAAAUGUUUUUGUUAAAUAUGUGCAUAGAUCGAUAAAUUAAAAGCAACCAAUAAACUGUUUU